UAAAAUUUACAAGCCAACCUGAGAAGCGGGAAAUUUUGGGCACCCUAAUCUCGUACGAAAUGGACACAGGCGAAAACCAAAGCGAAGCUCCAUUCAUCAAAGCUUUGGGUCCUCUCUUCAACCUCACGGAAGUCCACUUAUGGGACGAUGGUUCUAAGGAGACUCGGGAUUUUUCUUUCUUAUCCGACAGCACUAAAUCGUCUGGAGAAAACGAUAAGAACCGCUCAAGAACUUUUCGCGCGACCUGUGAUUUCAGCCUUUCACCAGAUGAUAUUGAACUGGCUAAAGAAAUGGAUGCGUUGGGCCUUCCACUGUCCUUCCAGACCAACAAGCAGACAAGGAGUAAAAUGACUUCAAGAAGAAAGAAGGGUACACGUCCAAAGAGUUCUAGUGGUCAUAAUGACACUGAAGAAGCGCUGGAAAUUUCCGAAGUGAGUGAGAUGGAGAUUGAAUCUCCUUCUAUUUUUUAUGAUAAUUCAAGCAGUUCUUUUUCUUGCAUGUCAAUGCUGGGUCGAAGUCAAUUAUCCUAUCAUGAUGUUGAAAUGGCUGUUGAUGGAUCUCUAUGCAACAAUCAUAAUCAAGAAGAUUCAGCAAGCUUGUCUGGGACGAUUUGUGGCUCUGCCAUGGAACAAAACUGUAAUGAAAUUCCUGACCUUGUAACUAAUGAUGGUCAGGAAUAUAACUUCACACAGCAGAGUGAUAUUAAGUCACGUUCAACAAAUACGGAAGUGCUCGAUUAUGAUUGUAAUGACCAGACAUAUGGUGGUGAUUGGAGGGUGUACUGGGAUACUUUCUACUUGAGGAACUACUUCUAUAAUAUUAAAACUCAAGCUUCUACAUGGGACCCACCCGAAGGCAUGGAAAAUCUAGUAUUUGAUAACCUUAAGUCAGAUGAAGUGGCUACCGACUCCAUUCAGAAAUCCAUACGUGAUGGUGGAUCAGAAAAACUGCUGUCUGAUGAGCUUUCAAUUGGAACCGAACUUGCUUCUGCUUCGAGCUUGACAACCCCUUCUGCAAGCAAGAGUUUUGAGCUUGCAGGUGAAAAUUGCGAGACCAGUGGUGGUUGUGAUGGUGAUGGUGAAGCUAUAUUAAACUUAAUAUCAGAUGUUCAGGAUAAUCUUGACAGUUUGACCAAGACACUCACUGAAACAAUAUGUGAUGCUGAUGAUAUUGCUUUAGAAACCAUUGCUUUAGCAACAGACCAGGUGGAUACCCUACUCGUGGCUGCUACUAGUAAAGGGAAAAAGAAAACAAGACGACGAUCUCCGAGGAAAUUGUCUCGGGAUGAAGAACUUCAAUUCCAGGGAAUGUCUGAGGAGUAUUCUGCUAUUAUUGGUAAAUAUUGGUGUCAGAGAUAUCUACUAUUCUCCAGAUUCAAUGACGGUAUUGAAAUGGAUGAGGAAGGAUGGUUUUCUGUUACUCCAGAGCUUAUUGCUAGGCAUCAUGCAUCCCGUUGUGGGAGUGGCAUUGUUGUUGACUCUUUUACUGGAGUUGGGGGGAAUGCCAUUCAAUUGGCCCAGAGGAGUGCACACGUCAUUGCUAUUGAUAUUGAUCCGAAGAAGAUUGAUUAUGCAUAUCAUAAUGCAGCUGUAUAUGGUGUCAUUGACCAUAUAGAUUUUGUAAUUGGAGAUUUUUUCACUCUGGCACCUAAGCUAAAGGCAGACACGGUCUUCUUAUCACCUCCUUGGGGGGGUCCUGAUUAUGCUAAAGUGGAGAUAUAUGACCUGAAGACAAUGCUGAGGCCACAUGAUGGAUAUUUCCUGUUUAAUGUUGCAAAGAAAAUUGGGUCCAGAAUUGUCAUGUUUCUCCCUAGAAAUGUAGAUCUCAACCAAUUGGCGGAAAUGGCUCUGUCUGCACAGCCUUCAUUGUCAUUAGAGGUUGAGAAAAGCUUUUUGAAUGGCAAGUUGAAGGGGAUAACUGCUUACUUCACGGAUACUGCCGACAGAGAACAAUAAAUUGGCAUCAUUCGUUCGAAGUGACGUCGGAGAAUGGGGUCAGCAUUUUAUGAAUCUUAAGCCACCUGAUGAUUGUAAAUGUUUUUUGUGGGUUCACCUUGAAACCAAUCGGUCAACUUUGAUCAUGACAGUAUUGGAAGUAAUUCAAGUGUUUUGGUACUCUCUACAAAAGCAAAAGAAAACUUACUGAUAAUCUAGACCACAUAGAUUGUGACUUACACAUCGGUGUAUUAUGUGUCCUCCAUGUCUUCAGCUUCUUUCGGGGGCACAUUGUGUCGUGCCGACAGCCGGAAAAGCGGGUGUAGACAAAACUGCAAUAAAAUGGUGGCAUUAAGGUAAGUGGUUUGAUGCAAGUCAGAUGCUGUUGUGUUUGCAUUAUAGCUUUCAAACUGCCUUAACUUGGGAGUUAUGCUUGUACAGCAACAACCGUUCGAG